UUUUUCUAUGCGCCCAGCCGUGUACGACAAACGGGCAGAGUUUAGUCCUCAUCCACUUAUCGACAUGUUGUUAUGUCGUCCAUGUAUUUACAUUGACGUGCUGCCCCAAGUAAUUAGACUUAAUCGCGAUAAUUAUCGUUAUCAUCAGAUAGGGACGCCAACGUGUCGAAAUAGCAAUCGGAAGUGGAAGUAGAGAAUCGGAAGUAUCGGGGUGGCGAGGGCGCGUGAGUGCAAUACGAGUAUAGUGGGGCAAUUAGGUCCUGGUACCUUCUCAUGACAAAGGGGAUUCCGUGAACGUGACUAAUGUCAAUCAACCACAAAAUCGACAAAACGGUGAAACAACAUGAAAAGGUUCCUAUGGAAAAAGACGACGACCUUUCUCUUUAUCCUUAUCGGCGGCACGUUGCCGCUUAUUUACUACACCCAAUUCGUAGGCGUAUCAAGUGAAUUUGAUCGGAAUAAAUUUACGCGCUUUUUUAGCCCAAGUUUUUAUAAAGAUGACUUCAGACAAUAUAUCUAUCGGACUGAUCGGAAAAUAGAUAGAAGAGCAUUUGAGACGUAUUCGUUCUCGGUUGAAAUCAGCAAUCAAAUAGGAGCUUAUCGUUUGAUAUCGGACACGAGAGACCCAAAAUGUCGAGAUAUAGAUUAUGUAUUAAAACCACGUAGAACCGUAUCGGUUAUUAUUACCUUUUACAACGAAGCCCGUUCAGCUUUACUAAGGACAAUUGUCACCGUCUUGAAGCGAACGCCUCUUGAAUAUUUAGAAGAAAUAAUUUUAGUCGAUGACUGCAGCUAUGAUGCUUCGGAUGGAGAAGAUCUCAAGUUUCUUCCAUAUGUGAAGUUAAUAAGGAAUCAGAGGCGCGAAGGACUUAUUCGCUCCCGAAAUAAGGGAGCCGAAACAGCAUAUGGAACUUACUUGCUCUUCUUAGAUAGUCACUGCGAAGUGAAUGAAGGAUGGUUGGAGCCUUUACUUGAUCGAGCUUUAAAACAUCCAACCAUUGCAGUGAGUCCAGUAAUCGAUUCCAUAGAUCCUGACACAUUGAAAUAUAAAGCCAGCUACCCAUUUCUCAAAGGAGGUUUUGACUGGAAUCUUCGUUUCAAAUGGAUACCAAUAUCUUUUGAAGAGAGGAAAGUUCGACAGGAAGAUAUAUUGUCCUUUACAGCACCUGCAUUUUCUGCCGGCACUUUCAUGAUAUCUAGGAAAUGGUUUUUCCAAUUGGGCGGAUUCGACUCGUCACUUGAGAUUUGGGGAGGCGAAUCACUGGAAAUGUCAAUAAAACAUUGGCUGUGCGGUGGACAAAUCGAGGUGGUUCCUUGCAGCCGGAUCGGCCACGUGUUUAGAAAAAGCUACCCCUACAGUUUUCCGGAUGGGGUGUAUUUCACGUAUCUUAGGAACUCAAAGAGAAUCGCUGAAUCCUGGUUCGACGAAUACAAACAUUUCUUCUACUCAAUGAAGCCGGCGGCUCGAGACAUUUCUGUCGAACCGAAUGACAAAGUAAAUAUUCUCAAGAAGGAUCUGCAAUGCCGUCCGUUUUCCUGGUACUUGGCAACCGUUUUCUCGGAACUGAAGUUGCCAAACGAGGACCACAUUGCUUUCGGGCAAGUAAAGUGUGGCACAAAGUGUCUAGGAUUCGGAGUUAAGGAUCAAACAGUGAAGUUGCAGGAUUGUAGCUUCGAAGAUAACUCUCAAUGGUUUUUACACUCAACAACAGGAAAACUCAGUACGAAUACGGGAGCAUGCUUGAAUUUGAAUGGUAAUCAAGUAAUUCUCGAAUACUGUAAGGACUCAAAAAAUCAAAUGUGGAUUCGUCGAGGAGGAAAAUUAGUGCACGAAGCUACAGGACUCUGCUUAGAUAAUACUCUCUUAGAUGCUAUUGUGGGUACAGAGUGCCGACCAGGAGCGCCGUCGCAACUAUUCAGUUUCUCAGUAGAAUUGCAAAAAUUAUAGUAGAUAGUGAUGAAGUAUUUAUUGAUAUUAUUAUCCCACGAAAGUGCCUCUAAAAAAUAAGAUAAAUGAUUCUCGAAAUA